GAGCAGAGGAGCGGAGGGAGAAUUGGAAUUGGAAUUGGGAUCUCGAUUCGAGAGAGGAGGAGAAGGGAAUUUGAGAGAAAGGGUGGAGGAGGUUGUGGAUCGAAGGAGGAAGCAUAUAUUCCAUUGGAAUUCUCGAGGAUUUACUCUGCUGGGCUUUCCACCACCACCACCACCAUCAUCAUCAUCGAUUUGUCGAGGGGGAGCGAUACGGGAGGGAGCAAGCGAGGCCAGCAACGUAGGAGCCGAGUAGGAGACGCCGCCUUGUAUGCCUUCUUCGCCCUUCACGUGUCCAUCUGCCCCCCUCGCUUGUCCUCUUAUAUAUACCCCCUUGCUUCGUCCCAAUACCUCACAGAGCUGUUGGUGGUGGUGGUGGUGGUGGUGAUCGUGUUGGAGUUCGGUGAGAGAGAGAGAGAGAGAGAGAGAGAGAGAGAGAGAAGGCUAAUAGGGCUGAUGGAAGGCAAGAACAACUCUCCUCCUCCAUCUUCUUCUUCUUACCGGUCGUUCACGUCGCUUGCGGAUGAGAGCUUCGGACGGAAGGAUGCGGAUCCCUCGGCGAGGUCCUCAUCCUCCUACCAGGGCUAUUUCAGCACCGUCAUUCCUCCCGCUUCUGCUGUGAUUGCGAAAGAUUUAUCGCAUUCCGAUCUGUGCUGGACUUUGAACAAGCAGAGAGUCGAAGGUCGCAUUGCGAGUGCUCGCUGCACGAAUGCAGCUGGCAGGUCUCAAGGCAGUCCAGGCAAAAAACCAAUCACACAGAACAAAGAUGGGAAACCUGUAUAUCCCAAUGAGUCGACAGAGGCACCCUAUUUUGGCUCAUCUGUGAAUUAUGGUGCCAGAGAUUUCUACACGAGCUCUUCAUCUAAUCAGACCACUGAAAGUUCAACAAAUUAUAUAAAUAAUGCUGGAGAACACCUGGGCAAUCCACAUGCUGCUGACAGAGGUGAAUGGUGGCAAGGUCCAGGAAGCUAAGAAAGUUGAUGGCUAUCCAAGUGAUACACAAUGUGACCGGCCUAGGAAGCUGAACUGUCUAUAUUCUACUAUGUAAUCUUAGUCUGUAGUAAACUGUUCAUAUUACCAGUGAAAGAGCAGACUCCGUGUCUAGUUAUGUGACUGCUGCUGUUUUUGAACUCGGGUAGGUAGUUUGUCUUUGUCAUCGAGUUACAGAGAUAUAUGCAGGAAACUGUCUCAGGUCUCCCCCUCCCAACUUUACUGCAGUGAGGACGCAGGGUAGCUUUGUAAUGUUUUCUUUAGUAGUAUAAUGAAAGCAUAGUAAGCAGAUCAUAGAAA